AUGAGUAUGAGCUCAAAGAAGCCUUCAUGCUUUUAGGAUUUGACAUUGGGGUGACGCAAUGGGCUGGAUAAUUAGUAUGGCAGUAUUCUUGUCAGGGUUAAACGCUUUACUUUGUUUUAACAUCGAUCCUGUGGCUUGGAAGACCCUGACUCAACCUGCUGCAGGUUUUGGAUACCAGGUGGUGCAGAGGCCAUCAGAUUUGCUGGUCAGUGCUCCUCUUGCACAGUAUUCACCAACAGGACGAGGACAGAUAUAUAAGUGUUCCACCAAAAGAUGUACGCGACUAUCGGUUCCUGUGGCUGAGUUUGCAGUGAACAUGUCUCUGGGUUUGACGAUGGCAAAUGAUCCCUCCACACAAAGAACUUUGGCAUGUGGUCCAACCAUCCCAAAGGACUGCAAAAGUAUCACCAUGUACAGUGGAACCUGCUGGCAGAUAGACGCUUCUGAUCGAGUUACAGGUCCUGUACCUUCUUCUAAUGGCGAGUGCAGGUCAGCAGACAUUGUAUUUCUGUUGGACGGCUCCGGCAGCGUAAGAUAUUGGGAUUUUGAAACAAUGAAGACUUUUGUAAAGAAUCUGGUCCGCUCACUCCUGCAAGCAGACACAAAGUUUGCCAUCGUUCAAUUCUCCAAUUCUCCCCAAAUCCAUUUUUACUUCAGUGAUAAUCUGAUCUCUGGAACUGCAUCAUGGGAAAGAAAAGUCGAUGGGAUAAAACAACUCUGGGGAGGAACUUACACAGCUAAAGCCAUCAAAUCUGUGAUCAAUGACGUCUUCACACCAACAAAAGGUUCCAGGCCAAAUGUGAACAAAGUGUUGAUAGUCAUCACCGAUGGAGAAUCUAACGACCCCUACGAUUUGCCAAGUGCAACAAGUUUAGCUGACAACAAAAAGAUUGUUCGAUUUGCUAUUGGAGUGGGGGGGGCAUUCAGCAGUGAUUGGGCGAAAAAGGAACUGGAAACCAUUGCAUCUACCAAAGAAAACGUAUUUCAAGUGGAGAGUUUUGACGCACUUGACAAAAUAAGACAGACUCUGCAGGCCAAACUCUUCUCUAUUGAAGGAUCACAAACAAGUGGAGAAUCACUGAAAUUGGAAAUGGCUCAAGAGGGAUUCAGUGCAGCUUAUGUGCCUGAGGGAAUUCAAAUGGCUAUUGUUGGUGCUAAUGAGUGGAAGGGAGGCUUCCUCCAAUACUCAAUGUCAACAGGCCUCAAGACAAGCUCCUAUGAGGCUGAUAUAGAGACUGACAGUUAUCUGGGUUACUCCAUGGCAGUUGCUAAAACGAGGUCUGGCACGUUAACAAUUGUCGGUGCUCCAAGAUAUCAACACAGAGGAGCUGUGAUGGUAGUUCACCAAAACGUCCUCAGAAAAACGAUUGAUCCCUUUCGCUGGCAGUUUCAGAGUGGUGAAUAUUUCGGGGCUGUUGUUUGUGCGAUGGACCUGGAUCUCGACAGCUUCACUGACUUAAUCCUCAUAUCUGCCCCAAUGUUCAUGGACUCUGAUGGAGAGGGAAGGGUUUACGUUUGCAGCUUGACUGGUUUGGAUGUGGAGUGUCGCUUAGACUCUCCAUCAGUACUGAGAGGGGACGUCUCUGGCAAAGGAAGGUUCGGGUCUUCUCUCGCUGUACUGCCUGAUCUCAACACCGACGGUCUCAGUGACUUGGCAGUUGGAGCACCUUUGGAGAACAACGGUCAAGGCAGCAUCUACAUAUUCCACGGAGAAGGAGGAGUAGGAGGAAUCAGUUCUUCUUACUCACAGAGAAUUGCAGCAUCUGAAGUCCAGUCACCAUUGAGGUUCUUCGGCCUGUCCAUCAGUCAGUCGUCUUUUGACCACAGUGGUGACGGGCUGCCUGACUUAGCGAUCGGUUCAAAGGGUGCAGUUGUCUUACUGAGAUCAAAGCCAAUAGUUAUGGUGGAAGCUACAGUGUCGUUCAGCCCAAAUCGAAUCCCAACUCAAAACUCAGACUGCUCAAAACCUUUGGAAAGCACAGCAGAAAUCUGCUUUACCAUGACCAGGCACUCCAAAGUAGACAAAGUUACAGCAAAGAUUAGCUACAAUCUAACACUGGACGCCACUCGCAAAGUCCCAAACAAUCGGGCCUACUUUAGCGAGAAACAACGAGAGACAAAAGGGACAGUUGAUAUUGACUUAAUUCGGCCUGUAUGCAACACGGUGAAGUUCUUUGUUCAGGCUUGUCCAGAAGAUGCUCUUAACACACUUCACAAUGAACUCAUGUUCAGCUUUGAAGGUUUACCUAACCCCCCAAAUCCAAGUGCUAGUCUCGCCCUGCAGGCGCAGAAAACAACAGUACAUCCUUUGGGGUUCGAGAUCAAUUGCGGCGAAGAUGAUAACUGUGUUGAUGACCUAAAAGUGGAUUUCAACUUCACCAAAUCCUUAGAGGUGAAAGUGGGCAUUGAUGAACUGUUGGAUGUCACCGUCUCAGUGGAGAACAGAGGGGAAAACUCCUACAACAGCCGUGUCAUUCUCUCAUAUCCAACCGGACUCUCUUUCAGGAAGUUUACAACCCUGCAGGGGAGAAUUGAGUGCAGCUCCUUGGACAGUGAAGAUGGUGUAACGAGAGGGAAGACGGACUGCACUGUCAACAAGCCUAUUUUAAAGAGUGACUCUAAGGCUUUCUUCAUCAUCUCCUAUGGGAUUGAGACUGGUAGCCAACUUGCCAGUAGCAUUUCUUUCUCUGCAAAUGUUUCCAGUGGGAAUCUGCAACACUCCAGUUCAAGCGAACUCUACAGAAACAAAGACAUUGAUGUGAAGUUCAGCAUUUUUGCUACGAUUGAAGGCUCCCUCAGAUACAGCAAUUUUUCAUUCGGCAAGAAUAAUCUGCACAAACCAGUCCAACAAUCCAUUGUGGUUACAAAUGACAUCAGAGCAGUGAAUUUUACGGUGGUGAUUCGGGUGCCUGUGAAGCUCGGUGAUAAAAACAUCUGGAAGGUUUCCAGCAGCUUGCAGAUUCCGGACUGUCAAAAAGACCUUGAUGAACAACCUAAAGUCACAGAUUUUAUUGCUAAGAUACAGAAAAACAAGUUAGUGGACUGCUCUGUAGCCACGUGCUCUGUUUUCAAGUGCAGUAAGAUCAUGGGAAGACUGGAGAGUAAAACCUACCAAAUCUCUGCCAACCUCAGUUCUGAAUGGAUUCAGCAGAUUGGACUUCAAUCUGCCAAAUUCCUCUUGAUCAGCACGGCCAGUCUGGAGUACGACAGAAAACAGUACAUCUUUUUCUCAACAGGGUCUUACAACAACCACCCUGUUCGCAAGAUUGAGGUGGAGGUAGAAGUGUAUGCCGAACCAGACUUCACCAAAGAGAUUGUUGGAGGAUCACUGGGAGGGUUAGCUCUCCUGGCUUUACUCACCGCUGGCCUGUACAAGGCUGGAUUUUUCAAGAGUAAAUACAAAGAAAUGAUUAACGAUAAUGUGGCGGAUCCGGGGGACGCUGGAGACGCACUUACACCAGAUUAAAAUAUUUAAACAGUGCAGAUUUCAGACAGCAGCUUUUUAUACAUCAAAUAUAUUUAAUCAAUAAGGUAUGAGAGGCUGUACUUUAUCGUCGCGUUGUUAGGCCCAAAGCACAGCGGAGGGCCGGCAAGCCUCAAAGUUAUUAUUGAAGAUAAAUUACUUUCUUCAAGUACAUUACAUGUCAUUCAGUUAACGCUUUUUGUCCAAAGUGACUUGCAUUGCAUUAUAUAACCCAUGCGUUACAUUUUCCCUGGGGAGCAAUUAGGGGUUAGGUGUCUUGCUCAGGGGCACUUCGACAUGGCACAUGCUACUCCACGCGCCACCAUCGCCACCUUAUUGCUUUUAUAAUACGGUUACCAGCUAAAUUACAAAUAGUAAGUAAAUAGCUGCCUUUCAGCACAAAUUAGUUGUAGCCACCAAAUGUUGUGUAUCGCAUUUUAGUAGUCUAGAGUAAAAAUUGUCCCUGUACGUGCAUAUAAACAGCAUUGGGUCCUGUAACAUCUCAUUCAUUCACAUCGCUCAUCACGUCCACCUUAAUUGUCUUGUUGCUAAAGCUCGGACUGCCUGAAAAUGAUCAUUUGUGGGAUGUUUGCACAAAUUCUAACCUGUUAAUUUGAGUGUGCAGUGAAAUGGAACGCUAGGGUCAAUGUGAACAGCAAAUGCACAUUAUCGCUUAAUAAUGAACCACCGUGACUCGUUUUCAACCAAUCACUGGAUUUCAUCUAACCCUAUUAUAAUCUGAGGAAUGGUAACUGAAGAUGGGGAGAGCUUUUUGCAGUGGUAGUAGAACCAACAGUGUAGCGACAUACAGCGGAGAAAUGUGCGAAGGAAUUCCUCCACGUGUCACACAGAAGGGAGAUUAGAGGCAAAUGAACCACUUUACGCAGCGCUAGGCUAGUGCUAGGGCUAAGUGCUCAUUACUUGUAAGAUUUAGUCUUCAUCUAAAUAGAGUGUACAUAGUGGUUUUGUGCACAGCCAAUGUAAAGAAAUGUGGCAGGAGGCUCUAUGAAAUUCAAAUGUUUGAUAAUUUUAUAUUUGCAAGCUAUGCAUGUUUGGGUUUUUUCUGAUUUCAAAUGUUUUGUCAAACUGAAAUUAAAAUGGAAAUACUGAUGUAUACUA